UAAAAGCACAAAUGUGGUUUUCAGGUAUAGAAGAUCUCAGAUUAUGCAAGCGUGUCCGAUCAUAUUUAAAGCGCUGGAGAGCCAUAAGAAAACACUGUGAUGGCCAGACAUCACUCUGUUGUGUAAAUUGAGGGAUCCAGCUUCUGCUGAAGGUCCGAAAAGUUGUUUAUUUGAGCACGUCUGUGGUUAGAUUUCUUGCUAGUACUAUUGGGACUUAAAAGUCGCUUUCAUUUGUUUAGUUUGGCGAGUUGGUACGCAGCAGCGCGCAUACAUAAUGAAUAUCGUCGCUGAAUUUUUCGUGGUCACGUUCAAAAUAAUCUGGUCGUUUGUUCUGGCUGGCGCUAAAUUGCUUAUUCGUCCACGGGAGAAGAGUGUGGAGGGCCAGGUGUGCGUUAUCACCGGUGCUGGAAGCGGUCUCGGGCGGCUCUUUGCACUGGAGUUUGCCCGGAGACGAGCGACCCUUGUGCUCUGGGACAUCAACCGAGUGGGCAACGCAGAGACAGCAGAGAUGGUGCGAGAAAUCUACCGGGAAAUGAGCCCCUCCGAAGGGUGUUCGGACAGUGUUCAAGAGUUGCCCCUGUUUCAGCCCAAAGUUCACACAUAUGUUUGCGACGUUGGUAAGCGUGAAAGUGUGUAUGCUACUGCAGAAAAGGUGCGAAAAGAGGUUGGCAACAUCGACUUUUUGAUCAAUAAUGCUGGCGUUGUCUCAGGACAUCAUCUUCUCGAGUGCCCGGACGAGCUCAUUGAAAGAACUAUGAUGGUCAACUGCCAUGCUCACUUCUGGACUACCAAGGCUUUCCUUCCCAAUAUGCUGGAGCAGAAUCACGGGCACAUUGUAACUGUAGCCAGCUCAUUGGGUUUGUUCACUACAGCUGGUGUGGAGGACUAUUGUGCAAGCAAGUUUGGUGCCAUAGGCUUCCAUGAGUCUUUGAGCCAUGAGCUGAAAGCUGCUGAUAAGGACGGAAUUAAGAUGACUCUUGUCUGUCCUUUUUUGGUUGACACUGGCAUGUUCAAAGGCUGCAAAAUUAGGAACGAAAUGGCUCCAUUUUUCCCACCGCUAAAGCCAGAGUACUGUGUCAAACAGGCUAUGAGAGCCAUACUGACAGACCAGCCAAUGAUCUGCACACCUCGAGCCAUGUACAUGGUCGCCUUCAUGAAAACAAUUUUGCCAUUUGAUGCCAUUGUGUGCAUGUACAGAUUUAUUGGUGCUGACAAAUGCAUGUACCCCUUCUUGGCUCACCGAAAGGAAUCCACAAACAACAAUGAAUCAAAGACUGGGAUCUAACUGGUUCUAUCUUAGAGCAGUGGUGCUAAAUUCUGUGUAGUUCCUCUGGAACGAAGAAAGCUGUACAUAAGUUUCUCCUAAUGACACCUAGCUGUCAACUUUGUAUUUUCCAACUUCAGAAUUUCACAAAUUUAGAACACAUUAUGUAGCGUUUAAUUUAUAAUUAUGAAAUGCAGUGUGUAACUAUAUGAUUACACAAGAAGAUCUAUCACCUGUUUAUAUUUAUUCACUUGUAAUUUUUGUAUGUAAUGUAUUGUUCUUGCUUCUCAAUAUUCCAAGAUGUGUCACUUUAGAGGGUGUAUCCUCCUUAUAACACUAAGAAAUGCACAAUGUAUUGAAAGUAUUUCUUCUUAUUGCCUUAAGUGGUCUUGGUGUGUUGAUAUUGCAAAACAUAAAGAUGAUGAUCAUAGUGAUCAGAAAAGUACUAUACUUGCUUAUUGUUAAAUAAAUUGUCUCUUCA